GAGUCUGGCGUUGCUUCGAUGAUGCAGAACAGUCACAGUGGUGUGAACCAGCUCGGCGGUGUGUUCGUUAACGGUAGACCGCUACCGGAUUCCACCAGGCAGAAAAUUGUCGAACUUGCACACAGUGGCGCGCGCCCGUGCGACAUCUCAAGGAUUCUGCAGAACCAUGCUGAUGCAAAAGUCCAAGUGCUGGACAAUGAAAACGUAUCGAACGGGUGCGUGAGUAAGAUUCUGGGAAGGUACUAUGAAACAGGCUCCAUAAGACCGCGAGCGAUCGGAGGAAGCAAACCCAGGGUCGCCACACCGGAGGUGGUUGGGAAGAUAGCGCAGUACAAGAGGGAGUGCCCGUCCAUCUUCGCCUGGGAGAUCCGCGACAGGCUCCUAUCCGAAGGAGUCUGCACCAACGACAACAUUCCCAGUGUGUCAUCGAUAAACAGAGUCCUUCGCAACCUGGCUAGUGAAAAGCAGCAGAUGGGUGCAGAUGGGAUGUAUGACAAACUGAGAAUGCUUAACGGUCAGACAGGAAGCUGGGGCACACGCCCCGGCUGGUACCCCGGAACCUCAGUCCCAGGACAGCCUAACCCAGAUGGUUGCCAGCAACAGGACGGAACUGGAGAAAACACAAACUCUAUCAGCUCCAACGGAGAGGAUUCAGACGAGACGCAGAUGCGACUGCAGCUCAAGAGAAAGCUACAGAGAAACCGCACUUCAUUUACUCAAGAGCAGAUUGAAGCACUGGAAAAAGAAUUCGAAAGAACACAUUAUCCUGACGUCUUCGCAAGAGAAAGACUAGCAGCGAAAAUCGAUCUGCCGGAAGCAAGAAUACAGGUAUGGUUCUCCAACAGAAGAGCGAAGUGGAGGCGCGAGGAGAAACUGCGGAACCAGCGUCGGCAGGCCAGCAACUCCUCAAGCCACAUUCCCAUUAGCAGCAGCUUCAGUACCAGCGUGUACCAGACCAUGCCCCAGCCCACCACACCCGUGUCGUUCACGUCAGGGUCGAUGCUGGGCCGACCUGACACAGCUCUCACUAACACGUACAGCGCUCUGCCUCCCAUGCCCAGCUUCACCAUGGGCAACAACCUACCUAUGCAACCCAGCCAGGCCUCUUCAUACUCCUGCAUGCUGCCUACCAGCCCGCCUGUGAACGGGCGCAGCUACGACACUUACACCCCCCCUCAUAUGCAAGCACAUAUGAACAGCCAAUCAAUGACCACUUCUGGUCCCACCUCAACAGGACUCAUCUCUCCUGGAGUGUCUGUCCCAGUGCAGGUCCCAGGGGCAGACCCUGACAUGUCUCAGUACUGGUCAAGACUUCAGUAGAGAGAAGAGCUACUUCACCCUCUAACUGCCCCCACCCCCCCCGCCACCCCCCCUUGGCGGUUCCCCGCACGAGGAGCAGAGACGAGGAGCAGAG